AUGAUGUUUACUGCUGCCAUCGUCCUUACUAUUCUUGCGGCCACUUCUUCCGUGGUCGACUCCCGCUCCCACAAGUAUCCAAAGAAAUCAACUUCCCGCGGCUUCCACCUGGUCGUCAACGUCACCGACUCGUCCCGCCCGCUCGCAAAGUCGCCUCACGGAAAGCUACUUAGCAGCAUUCACAUUGGCCCAACUCACAAUCUCCUUGGAAUUGGCAACGGCUUCAACCCGCGUGUCUUCUACCACAAUGCAACCAAGAAUGAGUUUCGGUCCAGCAAUGCCCAGAUCUUCUCUGGCGGCGGAACCUCCAGCAUCCAGUAUGGCCUCAGCCUCCACUUGGACGAGGGCAACAAUAAUGUUUCCAGCGUCAGAUUAGACGUCGGUGAUGGUCAGCGUGGUCUUUCUAUUUCCCAGGGCCGUCACCCCUACGCCUUUCUCAACUUGAGUCGGCUGGCAAUGUGCAACGAGCCUAUCAAGUAUUACCACGGCAAGAAGAUGGUUAUUCUGAAGCAGUUCAACAACCCCGACAUGGUCCAUGGCAAUAUCCCCGAAGAAUGUGCUCCUAUCCAUCUGCUACCGCAGUGCGUUCCCUUUGAUCCAUCUCGCCCGGCGUGGGGGAUCCCAGUCCACGAGUUCGUUCGGGAAGCAGACUGCUACAAGAACGUCUCUGCGAUUAAUUGGUCCCGCCACACAUCUUUGAGCUGGCACGAGUGA